GUCAUAUACUUCAUGUAUCAAUUUUCUUCACACAAACAAAUCAUUUGGAAAAUUUUUUUAACAUUACUUUAUAAAAAAAAAUAAAUAAAAUUCGAAUGGUAUUAGUUAUCAAAUUUCUUUGUUGCAACAAAUUCAUGCAAGGAACAUAAAGCACCGUUUGGCGAAACCAACUCUCAACUCCAUCAAAAGAAAAACUAGAAAGCCAACUUCUCCAUUGGGGAAAAAAUUACAAACAGCUGAUCAAUUGUCACUACAUACCUUAUUUCUCGUAUAGUGUACCCUUCUUUGAGAGAUGAAUUGCAGGCAAUUAUCAUUAAUUAAAAUUAAUUAAGGAAAAGUAAGUGCAAUACAACACAACAACACACAAGAAGCCAUAAAACUAAGAAAAACAGCGUAAGCAGUCAUUCAGUCGUAACAAAAUGCCUCCCUUAAAAUCGUACUCCCCACAAAACGAAUAUAAUGGAAACAAUAACUCGCCUACCGACAACACCUCAGGAGCCCAUGGAUCAGAUACCACUGCAUCAUCCAGCUCAACUGUUACAACUUCGUUGAAUAUUCAACGAUCGACCACAAAGUCGCCACCUUACAAUAAUGCACAGUACCCAUUUAAGGUGCUGGCGAAUCUGCAGCAGCUUCGUUCACAAAAAAGAUUUUGUGAUGUGGAUAUUGUUGCAGGUGGAGCCACUUACUAUUGCCACCGUGUAAUCUUAAGUGCAGCUUCAUGUUAUUUCGAAGCUAUGUUUAGACCAGAGCUGGGUCUGAAUGAGGUGAACCAGAAGACUGUGGUAUUGCACACAAUCGACGGUGAUAUAUUAAGUAUACUAUUGGAUUUUAUAUACACGGGACGUUGUGAAAUAACACAGUCCAACGUCCAAGAAUUAUUAGCAGCUGCAGAUAUGUUGCAAUUGCCUGAAAUUGUUGAUGGUUGUUGUGAGUUUCUUUGUCGCGAACUGCAUGCCAGCAACGCUUUAGGGAUUCUACGUUUUGCUGAGGCCCAUAACUGUGAGGCUUUGGCAAAGAGUGCUUUAAAUUUUGUCCAUGCCAAUUUUCCAGCAAUUACCCAGGAAGAUGAAUUUCUGGAAACACCACAAACUCUUUUAUCGCAAUUGUUAACUUCCGAACUUCUACGUGUCGAUUCAGAAUCUCAAGUUUUUCAAGCAGCUUUGCGUUGGAUUAAACACGAUGUUACCCAGAGGAGAUGUUAUGUCUUUGAUAUUCUCUCUCUGGUACGGCUGGCAUUGGUUCCUGUAAAAGUCAUAGAUCAAGCCUUACGUGAUUGCCGUGAUAUGUCGGUAAAAAUUGCUUUGAGAUCAAUAUGCAGAGAUAUAGCUUCCAAACGGGGUCAAUUGGUUCCGCUGAGAGUUUGUCCUCGACAAUUGGCUAAGAAAAAUAUAUACAUUAUUGGUGGAUCUCGCAGAGAAACUUCAUCCACCUGGAAUCCCGCCGAUGACAUAUUUGAUACUGUGGCGAAAUUCGAUAUAUUUCGCAGGGAAUGGUCGGAGACAGCACCCAUGGAAAUUGGGCGUAUACUGCCAGGCGUUGCCGCUUUAAAUGGCAAAAUUUAUGUAAUAGGCGGCGAGAGGGGAGCCCAAAUUCUGGCCAAUGGCGAAGUUUAUGAUCCACAAAACGAUUGCUGGUCGCCUAUAUCACCAAUGAUCGUACCGCGUUGUGAAUUCGGCUUGUGCGCCAUGGACAAUAGUUUGUUGGCGGUAGGUGGUUGGAUAGGUGAUGAUAUUGGUGGUUCCAUGGAACGUUACGAUCCCGAUAAGGAUGUCUGGGAGAUUAUAGGUAGCUUGCCUGAACCUCGCUUCAGCAUGGGAGUAGUAAGCUUUGAAGGUUUAAUAUACAUAGUGGGAGGCUGUACUAUAUCCACACGUCAUUUACCAGAUUUGGUGAGCUAUAAUCCGGUAACACAAGAAUGGCAACCUUUGGCCCGCAUGCAGGUGGCUCGUUGUCAAAUGGGAGUUGCUAUUUUGGAUCGUUAUCUAUAUGUGGUGGGUGGUAAUAGCAGUUCCCAAGCUGUCCUAAGUUCUGUAGAACGUUAUAGUUUUGAUGACAAUACAUGGUCCACAGUUUGUGCAAUGUCGGUUCCUCGAGCCAUACCAGCAGUGGCGGCUGCCGAUGGCCUAUUAUAUGUGGCUGGAGGAGAUCAGCCCUGUGAAGCGACUUUUUAUCGAGCCCAGGUUACAAUAAGUGCUGUAGAAUGUUAUGAUCCCUUAACUGAUAAUUGGAAAAAUUGUCCCGAUUUGCCUGUCAGCCGCUCAGAAGCUGGUGCCGUUGUUGUAUAAAAAAACCGACUCAUAAUUCUGCCCUGGAGUAGUCGAUGUUUCAAAAGCCCUUCAGAAAAUCAUUUGUCCACCUUAUUGCGCAAGAUUGUGCUGUUUGGGCAGCCGCAAAAAAAGAAAAUCCCUGAUAGAAUAGGUGGCUACUAUAGAAUUUAUGUUGUUUAUGUAUUUUUUUAUAUUGUAUUCGUAUCUUUAUGUAUCUUUAACAAAAAAAAAUCCCCCGAAAAUCAUCAUUCUCGUAUACAAAAACCUUAGUUAUGUAAUAAUCUCUAUGUAUUUAAAUAUUUAAGUUUUAUACGCCUAUACACACACACCCACACAUAACCAAAAUUUUUUCGCCAAAAUUUAAGCAUUAAAAAAUCCUUGAAAAGGUCUUAAUCUAACAACGCCCCAAAUCAUAUUGAAUGUAAAGAAUUACCCCAAUAUGGCAACAUACGUAUUAAUUGAUGUAACAUUGCAAGAAUAAACAAAUAUUUAUUGAAAUACAA